GCGAGCGGCCCGGACACCGCGGGAGCGAAGGAGCGGGCAGCCGCCGGAGCCGCCCGCUGGACCGUCGUGCGCGCGUGGACGCCCGAGCGCGCAGGAGCCGCCGCCCGGGGCAGCGGGCAGCCGACGGGCAGGCAUGCGGCCGCUGCUGGCACCCCUGAUCUGCCUGGCGCUGCUGCCCGCGCUGGCCGCGAGAGGCCUGAGAUGCUCACAGCCAGCCGAGAGCUGCUUGAAUGACGGCAGGUGUGAAGUGGCCAACGGCACCGAGGCCUGUGUCUGCAGCGGGGCCUUCGUGGGCCCUCGAUGCCAGGACCCCAGUCCAUGCCUCAGCAGCCCCUGCCGGAACUCGGGCACGUGCCACGUGGUGGAGCGCAUGGGCGCCGUGGAUUAUACCUGCACCUGCCCCCUGGGCUUCUCGGGACCCCUGUGCCUGACGCCCCUGGACCACGCCUGUGUCCCCAACCCCUGCCGGAACGGGGGUACCUGCGACCUCCUCACGCUGUCAGAGUACAAGUGCCGCUGUCCCCCAGGCUGGUCAGGGAAGUCAUGCCAGCAGGCAGACCCGUGUGCCUCCAACCCUUGUGCCAACGGCGGCCAGUGCUUGCCCUUCGAGUCGUCCUACAUCUGCCGCUGCCUGUCCGGCUUCCACGGCCCCACGUGCCGGCAGGAUGUAAAUGAAUGUACUCAGACCCCCGGGCUCUGCCGCCACGGGGGCACCUGCCACAACCUGGUUGGCUCCUUCCGCUGUGCCUGCCGCCCCACCCACACCGGCCGCCGCUGCGAGCUGCCCUUUGUGCCCUGCAGCCCCUCGCCCUGCCAGAACGGAGGCACCUGUCACCCCACGGGCGACACCACGCACGAAUGUGCCUGUCUCCCAGGCUUCACCGGCCAGAGCUGCGAGCAGAAUGUAGAUGACUGCCCGGCACACAGCUGCAAGAACGGGGGCGCCUGUGUGGACGGUGUGAACACCUACAACUGCCGCUGCCCGCCCGAAUGGACAGGCCAGUACUGCACGGAGGACGUGGACGAGUGCCAGCUCAUGCCCAACGCCUGUCAGAACGGCGGCACUUGCCAUAACACCCACGGCGGCUACAACUGCGUGUGCGUCAACGGCUGGACGGGCGAGGACUGCAGCGAGAACAUUGACGACUGUGCCAGUGCUGCCUGCUUUCAAGGCGCCACCUGCCACGACCGCGUGGCCUCCUUCUACUGCGAGUGCCCCCACGGCCGCACCGGUCUGCUUUGCCACCUGAAUGAUGCCUGCAUCAGUAACCCUUGCAACGAGGGUUCCAACUGUGACACGAACCCUGUCAACGGCAAAGCCAUCUGCACCUGCCCCUCGGGGUACACAGGGCCAGCCUGCAGCCAGGACGUGGACGAGUGUGCCCUGGGCGCCAACCCCUGUGAGCACGCGGGCAGGUGCCUCAAUACCCUGGGCUCGUUCGAAUGCCAGUGCCUGCAGGGCUACACGGGCCCCCGCUGUGAGAUGGAUGUGAAUGAGUGUGUGUCCAACCCCUGUCAGAAUGAUGCCACCUGCCUGGACCAGAUCGGGGAGUUCCAGUGUAUCUGCAUGCCAGGCUACGAGGGCGUGUACUGCGAAGUCAACACAGACGAGUGUGCCAGCAGCCCCUGCUUACACAACGGCCGCUGCCUGGACAAGACCAACGAGUUUCUGUGCGAAUGUCCUACAGGUUUCAGCGGGCACCUAUGCCAGUAUGAUGUGGACGAGUGUGCCAGCACGCCCUGCAAGAACGGUGCCAAGUGCCUGGACGGACCCAACACCUACACCUGCGUGUGUGCUGAAGGCUACACGGGGACCCACUGCGAGGUGGACAUCGACGAGUGUGUCCCUGACCCCUGUCACUACGGCACCUGCAAGGACGGUGUGGCCACCUUCACUUGCCUGUGCCAGCCCGGCUACACUGGCCACCACUGUGAGACCAACAUCAAUGAGUGCUACAGCCAGCCCUGCCGCCACGGAGGCACCUGCCAGGACCGAGACAAUGCUUACUUCUGCUUCUGCCUCAAGGGGACCACAGGUCCCAACUGUGAGAUCAACCUAGAUGACUGUGCCAGCAAUCCCUGUGACUCGGGCACCUGCCUGGACAAGAUUGAUGGUUACGAGUGUGCCUGUGAGCCGGGCUACACAGGCAGCCUGUGCAACAUCAACAUUGAUGAGUGUGCCAGCAGCCCCUGCCGUAACGGUGGUACCUGUGAGGAUGGCAUCAAUGCCUUCACCUGCCGUUGCCCCGAGGGUUACCACGACCCCACCUGCCUGUCCGAGGUCAAUGAGUGCAACAGCAGCCCCUGUGUCCACGGGGUUUGCAAGGACAGUCUGAACGGGUACACGUGUGACUGUGCCCCCGGCUGGAGCGGGACCAACUGUGAUGUCAACAACAACGAGUGUGAAUCCAACCCCUGUGUCAACGGCGGCACCUGCAGGGACAUGACCGGUGGCUACGUGUGCACCUGCCGGGAGGGCUUCAGUGGCUCCAACUGCCAGACCAAUAUCAACGAGUGUGCGUCCAACCCGUGCCUGAACCAGGGCACGUGUAUAGAUGACGUGGCUGGCUACAAGUGCAACUGCCCGCUGCCUUACACGGGAGCCACCUGUGAGGGGGUCCUGGCCCCCUGCGCCCCCGGUCCCUGCAGGAAUGCUGGCAAGUGCCAGGAGUCAGAAGACUAUGAGAGCUUCUCCUGCAUCUGCCCCCAAGGCUGGCAGGGGCAGACCUGUGAGGUGGACAUCAAUGAGUGUGUGAAGAACCCGUGCCUCCACAGCGCCUCCUGUCAGAACACGCGUGGCGGCUACCACUGCCUCUGCCGGCCCGGGUACACAGGCCGCAACUGCGAGACCAACGUGGACGACUGUCGGCCCAACCCAUGUCACAAUGGCGGCUCCUGCACAGACGGCAUCAACAUGGCCUUCUGCGACUGCCUGCCGGGUUUCCAGGGCGCCUUCUGCGAGGAGGACAUCAACGAAUGCGCCAGCAACCCCUGCCGCAACGGCGCCAACUGCACCGACUGCGUGGACAGCUACACCUGCACCUGCCCGGCCGGCUUCAACGGCAUCCACUGUGAGCACAACAUGCCGGACUGCACCGAGAGCUCCUGCUUCAACGGCGGCACGUGUGUGGAUGGCAUCGACUCCUUCACCUGCCUGUGCCCGGCCGGCCUCACGGGCAGCUACUGCCAGUACAACAUUAACGAGUGUGACUCACGACCCUGCCUGCACGGCGGCACCUGCCAGGACAGCUAUGGCACCUACAAGUGCACCUGUCCCCAGGGCUACACCGGCCCCAACUGCCAGAACCUCGUGCGCUGGUGUGACUCAUUGCCCUGCAAGAACGGAGGCCACUGCUGGCAGAGCAGCACCCGCUACCACUGCGAGUGCCUCAGCGGCUGGACCGGCCUCCAUUGCGACGUGCCCAGCGUCUCCUGUGAGGUGGCUGCCCGCAAGCGAGGCAUGGACGUUGCCCAGCUGUGCCAGCACGGGGGCCUGUGUGUGGACGCAGACAACACGCACUAUUGUCGCUGCCCGGCCGGCUACACGGGCAGCUACUGUGAGGACGAGGUGGACGAGUGCUCGCCCAGCCCCUGCCAGAACGGGGCCACCUGCACCGACUACCUGGGCGGGUACUCCUGCAAGUGUGUGCCUGGGUACCAUGGGGCCAACUGCUCCGAGGAGGUCAACGAGUGCCUUUCGCUGCCGUGCCAGAACGGUGGCACCUGCAUCGACCUCACCAACAGUUACAAGUGCUCCUGCCCCCGGGGCACGCAGGGUGUGCACUGCGAGAUCAACGUGGAUGAUUGCAGUCCACCCGUGGACCCCGCCACGCGGAACCCCAGGUGCUUCAACAACGGCACCUGUGUGGACCAGGUGGGCGGGUACAGCUGCAGCUGCCCACCGGGCUUCGUGGGCGAGCGGUGCGAGGGCGACGUGAAUGAGUGCCUGUCCAAUCCCUGCGACCCCCAUGGCACUCAGGACUGCGUGCAGCGCGUCAACGGCUUUCAUUGCGAGUGCCGCGCCGGCCACACUGGGCGCCGCUGUGAGUCCGUCAUCAAUGGCUGCAGGGGCCGGCCCUGCAAGAAUGGGGGCACCUGCGCCGUAGCAGCCAACACUGCCCGCGGCUUCAUCUGCAAGUGCCCAGCGGGCUUUGAGGGCGCCACGUGUGAGAAUGACGCGCGUUCCUGCGGUAGCCUGCGCUGCCUGCAUGGUGGCACCUGCGUCUCGGGCCCGCGCAGCCCCACCUGCCUGUGCCUGGCCUCCUUCACCGGCCCCCAGUGCCAGUUCCCGGCCAGCAGCCCCUGCGUGGGCAACAACCCCUGCUACAACCAGGGCAGCUGCGAGCCCACCGCCGAGAGCCCCUUCUUCCGCUGCCUGUGCCCUCCCAAGUUCAACGGGCUGCUCUGUCACAUCCUGGACUACAGCUUUGGUGGCGGGGCGGGCCGCGACAUACCGCCGCCGGUCAUCGAGGAGGCGUGCGAGCUGCCCGAGUGCCGGGAGGACGCGGGCAACAAGGUGUGCAGCCUGCCGUGCAACAACCAUGCGUGCGGCUGGGACGGCGGCGACUGCUCGCUCAACUUCAACGACCCGUGGAAGAACUGCACGCAGUCUCUGCAGUGCUGGAAGUACUUCAGCGAUGGCCGCUGCGAUGCCCAGUGCAACACCCCUGGCUGUCUCUUCGACGGCUUUGACUGCCAGGGCGCGGAGGGCCACUGCAACCCCCUGUACGAGCAGUACUGCCAGGACCACUUCAGCGACGGACACUGCGACCAGGGCUGCAACAGUGCCGAGUGUGAGUGGGACGGGCUGGACUGCGCGGAGCACGUGCCCGAGCGCCUGGCGGCCGGCACGCUCGUGGUGGUGGUCCUCCUGCCGCCCGAGCAGCUCCGGAACAGCUCCUUCCACUUCCUGCGGGAGCUCAGCCGCCUGCUGCACACCAACGUGGUGUUCAAGCGCGACGCCCAGGGCCAGCGGAUGAUCUUCCCCUACUAUGGCCGCGAGGAGGAGCUGCGCAAGCACCUGGUCAAGCGAGCCGUCGGGGCCGAGGGCUGGGCCGCGCCCGGGAGCCUGCUGGGCCGCGUGCUGCCCGGGAGCGGGGCCGAGCGCCGGCGCAGGGAGCUGGACCCCAUGGACGUGCGCGGGUCCAUCGUGUACCUGGAGAUUGACAACCGACAGUGCGUGCAGUCGUCCGUGCAGUGCUUCCAGAGCGCCACCGACGUGGCCGCCUUCCUGGGGGCGCUGGCCUCGCUGGGCAGCCUCAGCAUCCCCUACAAGAUUGAGGCCGUGCAGAGUAAGACGGUGGAGCCGCCGCCACCCUCGCAGCCGCACCUCAUGUACGUGGCCGCCGCCGCCUUCCUGCUGCUUUUCUUCCUCGGCUGCGGGGUGCUCCUGUCACGCAAGCGCCGGCGGCAGCAUGGCCAGCUCUGGUUCCCCGAGGGCUUCAAGGUGUCGGAGGCCAGCAAGAAGCGGCGCGAGCCCCUGGGCGAGGACUCGGUGGGCCUCAAGCCCCUGAAGAAUGCCUCGGACGGGGCCCUCAUGGACGACAACCAGAACGAGUGGGGCGACGAGGACCUGGAGACCAAGAAGUUCCGGUUCGAGGAGCCCGUGGUUGUCCCCGAGCUGGAUGACCAGACGGACCACCGGCAGUGGACGCAGCAGCACCUGGACGCUGCCGACCUGCGUGUGUCGGCCAUGGCCCCCACGCCGCCCCAGGGCGAGGUGGACGCCGACUGCAUGGACGUGAACGUGCGUGGGCCUGAUGGCUUCACCCCGCUCAUGAUCGCCUCCUGCAGCGGAGGCGGCCUGGAGACGGGCAACAGUGAGGACGAGGAAGACGCACCUGCCGUCAUCUCGGACUUCAUCUACCAGGGCGCCAGCCUGCACAACCAGACUGACCGCACCGGUGAGACGGCGCUGCACCUGGCCGCCCGCUACUCGCGCUCCGACGCCGCCAAGCGCCUGCUGGAGGCCAGCGCCGACGCCAACAUCCAGGACAACACCGGGCGCACCCCGCUGCACGCGGCCGUGUCUGCGGACGCUCAGGGCGUCUUCCAGAUCCUGAUCCGUAACCGAGCCACAGACCUGGACGCACGCAUGCAUGACGGCACCACGCCGCUGAUCCUGGCCGCCCGCCUGGCCGUGGAAGGCAUGCUGGAGGACCUCAUCAACUCACACGCCGACGUCAACGCCGUGGACGACCUGGGCAAGUCGGCGCUACACUGGGCAGCUGCUGUGAACAAUGUGGACGCCGCCAUCGUCCUGCUCAAGAACGGCGCCAACAAGGACAUGCAGAACCACAAGGAGGAGACGCCCCUGUUCCUGGCCGCCCGCGAGGGCAGCUACGAGACGGCCAAGGUGCUCCUGGACCACUUCGCCAACCGGGACAUCACGGACCACAUGGACCGCCUGCCGCGUGACAUCGCCCAGGAACGCAUGCACCAUGACAUCGUGCGGCUGCUGGACGAGUACAACCUGAUGCGAAGCCCCCCGCUGCAUGGCCCUGCCCUGGGCGGCACGCCCACCCUGUCUCCCCCGCUCUGCUCGCCUGGCGGCUACCUGGGCAACCUCAAGCCGGCCGUGCCGGGCAAGAAGGCCCGUAAACCCAGCAGCAAAGGCUUGGCCUGCAGCGGCAAAGACCCCAAGGACCUCAAGGCACGGCGGAAGAAGUCGCAGGACGGCAAGGGCUGCCUGCUGGACACCUCCAGCAUGCUGUCGCCCGUGGACUCCCUGGAGUCACCCCACGGCUACCUGUCCGACGUGGCCUCACCGCCUCUGCUGCCCUCACCAUUCCGGCAGUCCCCAUCCGUGCCUCUCAGCCACCUGCCCGGCAUGCCUGACACCCACCUGGGCCUUAGCCACCUGAGCGUGGCCACCAAGCCAGAGAUGGCGGCGCUGGGUGGCGGCGGUGGCCGGCUGCCCUUCGAGCCCGGCCCUCCGCGCCUGUCCCACCUGCCGGUGGCCUCCGGCAGUGGCACGGUGCUGGGUGCCAGCGGCGUGGGAGGGGCCGUGAAUUUCGCGGUGGGUGGGGCGGCCGGCCUGAACGGCCAGUGCGAGUGGCUCUCCCGGCUGCAGAACGGCAUGGUACCGAACCAGUACAGCCCUCUGCAUGGCAGCACGGCCGCCGGGGGCUUGAGCACGCAGGCGCCGACCCUGCAGCACGGCAUGAUGGGCCCGUUGCACAGCGGUGUGUCUGCCAACACCCUGUCCCAGAUGGUGAGCUACCAGGCCCUGCCCUCCGCGCGGCUGGCUGCCCAGCCUCCCCUGGUGCCAACACAGCAGGUUGCACCGCAGAACUUACAGCUGCAGCCGCCACAGGGCCUGCAGACGGCACCGCAGGCGCACCUCGGCGUGGGCUCAGCGGCCUCCAGCCACCUGGGCCGGAGCUUCCUGGGCAGCGAGCAGAGCCAGGCGGACGCUCAGCCACUGGGCCCCAGCAGCCUGCCGGUGCAUACCAUUCUGUCCCCGGAGGGCCAGGCGCUGCCCACCUCGCUCCCGUCCUCGCUGGCCCCGCCCAUGACCACGGCACAGUUCCUCACGCCGCCCUCCCAGCACAGUUGCUCCUCGUCGCCCGUGGACAACACGCCCAGCCACCAGCUGCAGGUGCCCGAGCACCCGUUCCUCACACCGUCCCCCGAGUCCCCUGACCAGUGGUCCAGCUCCUCGCCGCACUCCAACAUCUCCGACUGGUCCGAGGGCGUGUCCAGCCCGCCCACCAGCAUGCAGCCCCCGCUCGCCCACAUCCCUGACGCCUUCAAGUGACGGCCGUGCGUGCCCCAGCGGACGCACCAGCGGGCUCGCCGGGCGUGGCCCGGGGCCGACCAAAGGAGUCUUCUUUUUGGAACAAAAGCAAUUUUGUAAUACAAAAUCUGAGGACGGGGAUUUCAACUUUUUUUUUUAGUAUUUAUUUAUGCACUCUUACUUUACACAGGAACAUUGCCUGUUUAUGUUCUGUCUCCUGCAGCUCCAAGCAAAAACUGCUCCCUGGUGGAAGGGAGCAGGCGGCAGUCAGAGCUGCGCUUCCCCCUUGGGGGACCGGACACACUCGCCAUCCGUAAAUGCCACUUAUUUAUUGAGCUCUGUUUUUUCUUUCUUUUUUUUUUUUUUUUUUUUGUAAUUGUCAAAAUCCUAAAAGGAACGUUGGGGAGACGCUGGAGCCCGGCCCACGCGUGCGAGGGCCGCCCACCCCGCCCUGCCUGCCUCUGCACCAGGUGUGUGUUGAGUGGCCCGAGGGCCAGCCGCAGCCGUCCUCAGACACGUGGAGGGCGGAAGUGGACUGUGGGGCGUGCCAGGACCCCCGUGGGGAGUUGUUACUCUGAGCCCAGGAUGGCGCUGGGCCCCGGUGAUCUGGGCUCACCUGCCCGCUCCUUGCUAGCUGAGGCCGUGGCUGUUGGUGCCCGGGGACAGCUCGGGCACACCGCCGGCCAGGGCCCCGGGCAGCCCCGUGGUGGGCUGGCCUGGGAGGGCGUGGGAGACGUGUCCAGUAUCGGCUUGUGGCAGAGCAAGUGUCAGUAGAUGUUCAAGGUGGAUUUUGUUUAAGAAAUCUGAGUGACGCGGUCCUCCCCGCGUGCGGUCCUCCCCGCGUGCGGUCCUCCCCGCGUGCGGCCCCGGCGGCCACUGUGAGGGCACCGCGGUGCUGUCCCUGGGGGCGUGGUCCAGGGCACUGUCGCUGUUUUAUAAAAUAGAGUGUAGUUUACAGACAAAGGAAGCUUUUUUUUUUUAAGUGGUCUACAUGCAAAACUGUAGAUGCUGAAGAUGAUGUAUUUUUUCCAUCUUUUUGUUAACUGAUUUGCAAUAAAAACGAUACUGAGGAUCGGG